AUGUUUAAGAUACGCAAAGCUAAGGAUGAGGAGCCAACAGCUCCAGGGCAGGUACGAAUCAAAAAGAGGUCAAGGGUGCCCGGGGUUAUGAUUACCCAGUUUGUGGAAGAAUUACCUGAAGGAAUGACCACCCCAGAUUUCACUCGCAAACCCAUUGCUCUCACUAUUCAAGAAGGAAAAGUGGCUAUUUUCAGAGCAAUAGUCUGUGGAAAUCCAAAACCAACUGUGACGUGGGUGAGAAAUAAUGGAGAGCUUGAUGAUCCAGAAAGAUACAAAAUGACCUUUGAUACAAGUUCUGGUGAAUACCAACUGCAGAUGCCAGAUGUAUGUGUGGAUCAGGCAGACACUUACAAAUGCUUUGCAAGCAACGAAUAUGGAAAAGCUGUUGUCACUGCUACCCUCAAUGUUAUUGAAGUUGGUUACAAAAAGAGCAGGGCCAUGCAACAAUCACGAACAGCUAUCCGAGAGACACCUGAGGAUUUCAAAAAGGCCUUAAAAAAUAAAAUUGAACUUGACGCCAAAGAAGAAAACAAAGAAGGAGAAAUUGAUGAGAGGUUUUGGGAACUCUUGUUGAGUGCCGAGAAAAAAGAUUAUGAGAGCAUCUGUGCCCAAUUUGGAGUCACUGAUUUCCGUUGGAUGCUGAAGAAACUGAAUGAGAAAAAGAAAGAAAGGGAAGAGGAGCAAGAAAAGGUUGUUGAAAGACUGUGCAACCUAAAGCCUAUUGAACUCAAACCCAGUGGGGCUGCGGAGUUUGAACUGGAAAUGUCACUCAAAGACCCUACCAGCAAAGUCUUCCUGUACAAGGAUGGAGUUAUGAUUCCUUUUAGUCCCGACACAGAGGUAAAACAUGGACUGAAGCAAGUGGGCAAGAAAUUUGUGUUUAGCAUCAAUGGUGUCAACCCUGAGGACGCUGGCUUAUACCAAGUCGAAGUUGAUGGAGUUAAGAUCUUCUCAACUGACUUCAAAAUUCCCAAUGUGGACUUCUUGGUCAAGAUUCAAGAGGUGAAGGCACUGGAAAGAGAGGACGCUGUCUUUGAGUGUGUCCUCUCACAUCCCAUGACAAAGAUUACAUGGACAGGAAAGAAUCUCACACUAGAACAAGGAGACAAGUAUGACAUCACUGUGUCAGAGGACAUGUUGAUUCAUAGAUUGGUGGUCAAGGACUGCCUGCAACUGGACAAAGGAAUUUAUGCAGCUUCGGCUGGAUUUAAAUCCUGCAGUGCCUGGCUUGUGGUUGAAGCUGACGAUGAUCCAAACAUGCGUGGGAAAAAGAAAGCUCGCAGAACAACUCAAGCAGGUGGUGGUGGAGCAGAUCUGUUGAAGAUUGCUCAGGAGCAACAGGCUAAGUUACAAAAGGAGAGAGAUGAGUUAGUUGCAAAGGUCAGGGCAGAGGCAGAAGCAGCAGCGGCUGCUGCUGCAGAAAGAAAAAGAGUGCGAACAGGCCCUCUAGUCCCUGAUACAGUUAUUGACCCAGGAGUAUACUUCACCAGUGGACUGUCAGAUGUAAGUGCUAUCAUUGGUACUGACGCAGAGCUUGUCUGCAAGCUAAGCAGUGAGGAUUGUGAUGGAGUCUGGUACAAAGAUGGUAAAGAGAUAACAGCAUCAGAUAAUAUCUGUCUUGUCAAAGAAGGGGCUUAUCACAAACUAAUUGUCAAAAACUGCAAAGAAGAAGAUGCUGGAAAGUACAGAUUUGAAGCUGAUGGACGUAAAACUGAGGCGGUGCUAAAUGUUGAAGAUCCACCCAGAAUCAACACUGAUGACCUGAGUGAGUUCUCAAAGCCGGUCACUAUCAAAACUGGCCAAAAUGCUACUUUCAAGUUGUCCUUUGUGGGCCGGGAACCACUGAAGAUCCAGUGGUAUAAUGAGGGCGAGGAGCAGCUGGAGGAUACUAAUGUCAAGAUUGAAAAGUCUUCCACACACAGCCGCCUCCUGCUAACCAAGUGUCAGCGCAAAACCUCAGGAGAAAUAAAGAUUAAGAUUAAAAAUGAAUGUGGAACAACUGAAGCAAUCACCCAGCUGAUUGUGCUGGAUAAACCAACACCACCCCAAGGCCCUGUGGAAAUUAUUGAAAGUUCAGCAAGUUGCAUUGAUUUCAAAUGGAGGCCUCCGAAAGACAACGGUGGUUGCCCUAUUACCAACUACAUUAUGGAACGACAGCAAAUUGGCCGAAACAGUUGGAAGAAACUGGGGCAAAUUGGUCCAGAGCCUAAAUACAGAGACACUGAUGUGGAUCAUGGCAGGAAGUACUGUUACCACAUCAGAGCUGAAACUGACCAAGGCAUCAGUGAAAUGAUGGAGACAGAUGAUAUUCAGGCAGGGACAAAGGCAUAUCCUGGACCCCCAUCUGCCCCAAAAAUUAUUAGUGCCUUCAAAGACUGCAUCAAUCUUGCUUGGUCUCCUCCUUCUAACACUGGAGGAACCAACAUUUUGGGAUACAACCUGGAGAAACGGAAGAAUGGAAGCAACCUGUGGGGCCCUGUUAACCCACCUGAUGAGCCUAUUAGGGACAAGAAAUAUGCAGUGAAAGAUGUUGUUGAGGGGAUUGAGUACGAGUUCCGGGUGGCAGCUAUCAACAUCUCCGGUGCUGGAGAGCCAAGUCCACCUUCCGAAUUUGUAUUCGCAAGAGAUCCAAAGAAGCCACCGGGUAAAGUUAUUGACCUGAGGGUGACAGACUCCACCUAUUCCACUUUAUCGCUGCAAUGGACCAAACCCAAGGAGGAAGAAGGGGUCCAAGAUGAGGCCAAGGGAUACAUUGUGGAGCUCAGACCAGCAGAAAAUCCAGAGUGGGGUCGCUGUACCUCUAAUGCUAUCAUUAUGACCUCCUAUACAAUUAUGGGUCUAAAGUCUAUGGCCAUGUACUGGGUAAGAGUAGUUGCCACCAAUGAGGGUGGAGAUGGUGAGCCUCAAGAACUGGACAACUACAUCAUUGCCAUGCCUCCUCCAGUGAGACCUAGAUUCACCGACCGCAAAAUGAAGAGUUUCAUGGUAGUGAGAGCGGGGAACUCUGCAAGAGUCAACAUCAACUUUGAGGCCUCUCCUAUACCAAAAAUUACAUGGCUCAAGGAUAGCAUGCCCGUAUCCAAGAACGUGACAGUGAGCAAUUCAGACAUAUCGUCUCAGCUCAUCAUCCCCUCUGCAGAGCGCACUGACACAGGGAUCUACACAAUCAUUGUUAAGAACCUUGUCGGUCAGGAGACCUUCAGCGUUGAGAUACGAGUCACAGAUGAUCCCAAGCCUCCAGGCCCUGUAGACCUGGAAGAAAAUGUGUCUGGAACAGUGACGAUUUCGUGGAUGCCCUCUCCAGAUGAGAAGAGAGAUGACAGACUGCACUACAUGAUCACCAAGCGAGACUCUGUUAAACGCACUUGGCAAAUUGUGGCUGACCGUCUCUUCAAUAACAAAUUUACUGCCAUAAAUAUCAUGCCAGGCAGACAGUAUCACUUCAGAGUCUAUGCCAAAAAUGACAUGGGGGUUUCCAAACCCUCUGAGUCAGCAACCUGGGAAGUGGAGAGGAAGAAAGAAAAAUUCAGUUUGACCUUACCCGAGUCCAAAGGUUGCAGCUUUGAGACACCACCAGCAUUCUCCGUUCCACUAAGAAUGCACACCAGCCCAGAAACCUAUGAGUGCUACAUGAGUUGUGCUGUGACAGGAAACCCCAGACCCCAUGUUACCUGGUACCGAAAUAACAUCAGUCUCAAUACCAACACCAACUACUACAUCACUAAUACCUGUGGGGUGUGCUCCAUGGUGAUACUCAGGGUUGGGUCCAAGGACAAUGGGGACUACACUGUCACUGCAGAAAACCCCUUGGGCAGAGUGGAAUGUUCAACUAAACUCACUGUUAAAGAUUAAGGUGAUGCCAUUAUUCUUCCCCAAGACUUCCAAG